CGAAAUUCACUUCUAUUUGUCGUAAACUGUUCAAAUUUAACAUUAGGUUUAAUUUAUACGUACAAGAUUAUUUGAUACUUGGUUCUACAUUUGGGUUAGAUCUGUAUUAGGAACAUAGGUUCUACAUUUGGGUUUUAAGGAACUAUAAAGACUUUUGUAAUUUUAACCUUAAGUUCUAAUUAUUCACAAUGAAAUUAACAAGUACUUUAUUCGCAAGAAUGGGUAAUUUGUCGAAAAGAUAUUCGAAUUUACCGGAUCGUUACAUAAAACGUGUAACCGAACAAGUAGAGUGGAGAACACCUCGUGGAAAACCACAAUACCUUCCGCGUAAAGUGGAACAUAAGCCUUACUUUUCCAUUCAUCGACCAUGGACACACGGUUUUCAAGCUCAAAACAAGUUUCGUAAGAGUCAGACUUUUACGCACGUCGAACCUAUAAAGAAUUGGAGUUACUUUCGCGGAGAUCGUGUGGAAGUAAUAUAUGGCCCUGACAAAGGAAAACAGGGAAUAGUAAGGGAUAUUAUACGAGAGAGAAAUUGGAUUAUUGUUGAAGGACUUAAUACGAAGCUAGAAUGUGUUGGUAAAUCUAAAACUUUCCCAGGUGUUUAUACUCGUGUAGAGCAGCCUCUACUGGUUCCUUCGCAAGUCCAAUUAGUGGAUCCUGCUGAUCUAAAGGGUACAGAAAUAGAAUGGCGGUAUACAGAGGAUGGUACCCACGUGAGAGUGUCUUCUAGAAGUGGUAGAAUAAUUCCAAUACCUCGUUCACACAACGAAACAAUAGAUUAUAAAUCCCCUGAAUUAUACGUAGAACAACCUAAGGAUACCUCAGCAGGUGAUGUACAAGAGGUAACAUUUGAGGCUAACUUGAAAACAUUUGAAAUGGAUAUUAUGGAUAAAAUGGGUAUCAAAGAGGAUCGUGUACCUAAAAAAUAUUACUGGUAUUGA